CGAAACAGUUGUUCAAUCAUAAAGAUUUGUCAAUGUAUGUCAUUGUUUGUCAUUUUGAAUUCAAAUUUCUUGAAGAGGUUUUCUGAUGAUUCAAAAGUCGUGAUUUUAAAAGCAGUAUAUUAUUUUGAAUGAUCCGCCAUGUUUAUUAGAAGAAGAAUGCAUCGAUAUAGAAGAUGAACCUCGAAAUGUGAUGCCACUUUAAGCUAUAUCUACAUAUUCAUAUCGGUAUGAACAUAUCCAAGAAGAAAUCCCAGACUCAAUCGUCAGCAAUACCAAUGCACACAUAUCAGAAAUGUCCAUACAACUGUGAUACACGAGACCGUUAUCUGAUUUAAAGGUGUCAUUUUAUCAAAAAUGUUUACAUUCAAAUAUAGAUAAAAUUCAUUUUUUAAAGUGGGUAUCUCUAGUCAACGUGGAUUCGCUUAGUUUAGUCUUUAAUUUAACGAAAUGGGAGUGCUAUGGCGAAAGAGGUCGCUUCUGUUAAAGUUAGCAGUGAUAGUGAGUACCGCGUGGUUCACGAUAGCUUUUUUAUUUUAUACGGACAGUAGAGACUCUUCUUCGCGGUCAUCAGAAGAAAGGAUAGCACUGCCAUUAGAAGGUGGAAGAUAUCGGAACGAAGAUAAUGUACCAGAUCGGGUGGUACCGUUUAGGCCUGACGCGCAACGAGCUGAAGAAUCAUCGAAUUCCAUUGCGAAGAAAUUUGAUGACUAUAGUGGUGUGUUAGUACCUCCUAAUAAUGUCGCAGGAGAGAUGGGCAAGGCUGUUGUUUUACCAACGAAUUUAUCAGCUGAUAUCAAAAAAUUAGUCGAUGAAGGAUGGAUGAACAACGCAUUCAAUCAGUACGCGAGCGAUUUAAUGAGUGUUCAUAGAAGUUUGCCAGAUCCGAGAGACGAAUGGUGUAAAGCAGAAGGUCGUCUAUUAGACAACAGUAAACUUCCAUCUACUUCGGUAAUCAUUUGCUUCCACAACGAAGCGUGGUCGGUACUUCUCAGAACGGUACAUUCGGUUCUAGACAGAUCUCCUCGAAGCCUCAUCCACGAAGUUAUUCUCGUCGAUGAUUUUUCCGAUAUGCCGCACACCAAAAAACAGUUGGAAGAUUAUUGGAAAGACGAGCCCAAAGUAAAGGUAGUCAGAGCUUCUAAAAGGGAAGGUUUGAUUAGAGCUAGAUUGCUGGGGGCGACACGUGCUACGGGUUCAGUCCUCACGUACCUCGACUCGCAUUGUGAAUGCGCUACCGGAUGGUUGGAGCCUCUUCUAGACAGGAUAGCUAGAGAUUCAACCACGGUUGUAUGUCCUGUAAUCGACGUUAUCGACGACACUACAAUGGAGUACCACUACCACGAUAGUACCGGAGUCAAUGUAGGAGGUUUCGAUUGGAAUCUACAAUUCAAUUGGCAUGCCGUGCCCGAACAUGAAAAAAAGCGGCAUAAGAAUACCGCGGAACCGGUUUGGAGCCCUACGAUGGCCGGGGGGCUUUUUAGUAUCGAUAAGGCAUUUUUUGAAAAGCUGGGCACGUACGAUGACGGAUUCGAUAUUUGGGGUGGAGAAAAUCUGGAAUUAUCUUUCAAAACGUGGAUGUGCGGAGGUACAUUAGAAAUUAUACCUUGUUCGCAUGUCGGGCAUAUAUUUAGGAAAAGAUCGCCUUAUAAAUGGCGAAAAGGGGUGAACGUCCUAAGAAGGAAUUCCGUUCGAUUGGCUGAAGUUUGGCUCGACGAAUAUGCUAAAUACUAUUAUCAAAGGAUAGGAAACGACAAAGAUAAUUACGGUGACGUCAGCAAAAGGAAAGAACUGAGGAAAAACUUGGGUUGCAAGAGUUUCAAGUGGUAUUUGGAUAAUAUUUAUCCAGAACUGUUUAUACCAGGAGAAGCUGUAGCAAGCGGAGAGGUAAGAAACCUCGGUUAUGGCGGCAAAACUUGCCUCGAUUCGCCAGCCCGUCGAAGCGAUUUGCACAAAGCUGCCGGUCUUUACCCUUGUCAUAGACAAGGAGGAAACCAGUUCUGGUUGUACAGCAAAGUAGGAGAAAUUCGUCGCGACGAAUCGUGUCUGGAUUACAGUGGACAAGACGUAAUUCUUUAUCCGUGCCAUGGUAGUAAAGGAAAUCAAUAUUGGGAUUACGACAAUACGCUUAAGUUGCUGCGACACGGUAGUAGUGAAAAGUGCUUAGCCAUAAACGAAUCUAAAAAUAAACUGAUUAUGGAAAAGUGUAACCCCGAUUCUCAAAGACAGCAAUGGUCUUUAGAAAACUAUGAUAAAAUGAAAUUGUGAUUUUUUUGUUUUAUGUUAUUAAAUCUUUUGUUGUAUUUUU